UGUAAUAGCUAAAAGCUAAGUAGUUUUGUGGAAAUAAUUAUAUUGUAGCUAAAAGACCUUGCAAAUGUGUACAGAGACUGAGUGCAGGUUUGUGAACCUUCCUAAACUCCUCAAGCUAAAGCUUUAAUCUUCGAAGUAUGGUAAUAACAGUCAUGUCGACGACAGAUGGAUCUGAGAAUGGAGAGAGUCUACAAACCAAUCAGCUAGCACGUAUCAAGGAAAAGCUCAAAGUACAGAAACAUUUGAUUGAUAUAUCACUAAGAAAUCUGCAAUCCACACGGCUCUCUAGCCGUAGCAACAAUCACAGCCACAGCAGUAGCUCAUUGCACAGUCCAACCAAUGGCUAUGCAAGUGGAGGAGAAGUGCAAAUCUCUUUGCUAGAAGGCAACCUAAGAGAGAAGGAGGCUAAACUAAUGAGAGGGUUUUCCCGUCAGCUGCUAUUGAAGCACCAGCACCUGAAGGCAAUCGUUGAAGAAGGUGGUGACGAAACUUUACUGGAGGACGUUGCUAAGCAGCUCGACGAAAUAAUCAGCCUCGAGCAAUUUCUGACUGUGACUGGAAUGGAACCGAAAUAUAUCAAGGCACUCCUCAGUGGGAACAACCUCACGCUUGAUGCACUCCACUCCCUACCACAAACAGAACUGGAGCAAUUCUUCACCAAAGAAGACGUCUCCAUUCAAGACAGAAAACGACUAAUCAAGUACUUGGAACAACUCCUACGCUGUUACGAGACCUGGGAGAGCAAGGACACCUCGGCAGCUUCCUCUAGUGCCCCUAUUGAGCGUUACAGCUCGACCACCUCAAGUCGUCUCGGUUCGUUGGGCUCGUUUGAUCACGAUGGAGUACGUACCGACUCUGUCUCCAGCUGUACCAGUGCCGGGAAUUCCCCCAGGGCACUCCGAGCCUCUCACGCCUCCACACCCCUAUCCGCCCACACACCUACACCGGUCACACCUCUGUCCGCCCACACACCCACACCGAUCACACCUUCCUCGUCAUACUCGCUCCUUUCGCCGUCAACGUUCACCUACUCCACACCAAUCGGAGGAAGCUACGAGUUCGUCUCGACACCACAGACUCCGAACUCUGCAUGCUCCACCCAGACGCACUACUCUAAGGGAUUGAACAGAGUUCACGGCUCGAGCAGCAGUGUGUUACUAGAAUCCCCUCCGCCGUACUCUCUCAGCCAAAACAACCAAUUGGACCCACUUCAAUUAUCGCAGCCAGCGUCUCGAAGGAGAUCAUUGUUUUCUCAUAAACGCUCCAAGUCCAACCCUCCGACAAACAUUGUCAGCCAAGGGGAGGUAACAAAAGACGAGUCGUCGUACCAGGACCCAGCAAACGGGCAGUAUAUCAACCAUUCGUGGAAUCGAUCGUCUAGCCCGCCUUCGAGAACCGGUAGCAAUCCCUCUAUGACAUCACACUCUGUGUACGGGCCCGGAGGCUCUCCAUCAUCCAUACCUCGAAACAAGCACCCUCAAAUGAGGCGUAUUUCAGCCAUGGCUUCGUCUUUCUCGCAGACUAUCUCCAACGAUCUACUCGAACCAACUAAGAACUCGAGGUCGGGCCUGGUUACAAGCGGUUCGGAAUCGGCACUGUGUCGACAAAACACCUGCCCGGAAUCGGAUCCAGACAUGUACCCACGCUCGUACUCUCUCGCUGGAAUGGGAACUGGCGGAAGAUCAACAUCCUCUCCCCUGUACAAUAGUGAUGUAACCUCAGCCUCAAUGGUGGACCUCCCCGUGAGGAUACUUGGGAGCAGCGAACAUUUGGACCAGAUUGAGGAAUAUGGACGUCCGGAUUCCAACAAAUCACGGUCUGUGCCCAAGCUGACCUUUAUGACCAUCUCUAUGGAGAGUGACAGAAGUCUCCCGUCUACGAGUGCCCCCACUUCCCCUCGCACCCCCGGCACGUACACUCCCACCGGCCACAUGGGUCAUGCAAUCAAGCAUCGCUUCACCGCCCGCUCAUUCAUCAGCCCCCAAUCAUGUGACUUCUGCAAAAAGAUGGUCAUGAUCGGUGUACGUUGCAAACACUGCAAGUACAAGUGUCACAAAAACUGCUCCAAGAAAGCCCCCCAAUCCUGCGGCCUUCCCGACGGGCUCAUGGACUUUUUCCGUAAGCAAGUCAUGCUCACUCAAUCUCCUUCCCCCUCCCCUUCUGCUGAUAACUUCAUGAGCCCUACGGAGACCCAACCCUCCUGUAGACCGUUCCUAUCUCACGCCAGUCUAGACAUGGUGGACAUGCCUGACUCCCCUAGCUUUGUCAUCCAAGAACUGUCAAAAGAACCAUCCUCCACAACCCACUUCAGUCCUGUGAUGGGCUGUAAGAAACAUCAUACGGAAAAUGGUCUCCAUAGAAACGAGCUCCUCCUCUCUCAGACGUCCACAUCCAGUCUCCUAGAAGUGCCGAAUCCGCGAAAUCCCAGAACCUUUCACAGCACGAGUUCAAGUCCAUCUAUAAGUCCGCCCACUUCCCCCUCCCUCACACCGUCCUCUCCUCGUUCCCCCAUGGAUAGCGGAGUUCCCAUUGGGUUCCCGUCACCCCCACCCUCACAGUAUAUCCGUGUUGUCUUUACAGAUGAGUCAGGUGACGAGUCAUAUGAAGAUCACCUGACCAGCGGAGAUAGUAGCCCGUUUUCAUCUCGUGGUGGAAGUACUCACGAUAUUUCAGACGUUUCUCGAAUGGAGAGCCCUCAGGGUCUUAGACCAGCCCCUCAGGUUGUACUAGCCCAAUCAUUGCCCGAUCUACUCAAUAUCGGAACGAAUGAUGGUAAACUGGUUGAUAGUAGGGACAGCACUGAUGAAAGUAACGGAUAUUUCUCAGACGAUAUUCUCGGAGGGGGUGGGCGAAGUGGCAAGAGGAAGGAGUCGCUGGCGGGUACCAUGUCAACCGGAGACUCCAAGACAAGCACACUUGUCAAUAGCAACUUGACUGAGGAUGAAACGGAUAGUGAGGACGAUGAAGAGCAUGAAUAUCGACACAGAUAUCAUCGACCCAGUGUGAUUGACGAAUGGAACAUUCCAUAUGACGACAUUCGCAUCAUGGACCUCCUGAGCAAAGGCCCGGUGGUAGAGGUCUACAAAGGUUAUUGGCAUGGAGAAGUGGCUAUUAAGAAGUUCAUACUACCAGACGCCACCCCGGAUCAGAUAGCAAAGUUCAAAGAAGAAGUAUCCAUUUUGAAGAAGACUCGACAUGAGAACCUGGCUCUCUUCAUGGGAGCAAGCCUGACCCCGCCCAACCUGGCCAUAGUCACAAGUUUCUGUAGAGGAGAGACACUGUACAAGAAGAUUCACGUGUGGUGCGAGCCACCCUCCAUAGAUCGUAACCUGAAUCUGGCCAACCAGGUUGCCCAAGCCAUGGGCUACCUCCAUGCCAGGGGGAUAGUGGCCAAGGACCUCACUACCAAGAACAUAUUUGUGGACAAGGGGAAGGUGGUCAUCACUGACACAGGACUCUCCAACGUCACAGAUAACUACUGGCUACAACAACCCGAGGCCCAGUGCAAGCUCCACUAUGUGGUGAUCCCUCGCACCAAACUCUACUACCUGGCCCCUGAGCUGAUACGAGUGCUCUCCCCCUGUCCAGAGCCACUCAACAGUGGAGACUUCUAUCCCUACAGUGAGAAGACCGACGUGUACGCUUUCGGGACGGUGUUGUACGAACUGCUCGUUCGAAGGUUUCCAUUCUCCACUGAUAUCUAUGGCUUUUCACUGGAUCCCACGUCAGUAGUGUUCCAAGUGGGCAGUGGGAACAGACCCGACAUCCAGGCCAGGGACAUUCCUAGGAGAAUCAAGGAUCUGCUGCUGGAUUGCAUGCAUCCUGAUCCGAAGAUGAGGUUCCCAUUCACGACCAUCAGUGAUGCAUUGAUCAAGCUCUCUCGCAGGAAGACACCCAUCUCCCGGAGCCCCUCUUUUCCUACUAAUCUCUCACGUUCUUCAGAAACUGUCAAUUUUUUGUAAGAAUUUAAAGGACCAUGCAUUUUUUUCAUCACUCAAACCACUGCAUUACUUUUGUCACAUCAUGCAUGCAGAAAAUUAUUUUUCUCAGAGAGUGUCUAGAUGUUUUAAAAUGCACUAUUUUGUUUACAAGUUGAUGUCUGUUUUGUUUUUGUUACGUGUGGUGUUCUGAAAAAAUAAGUUUUUUUAACAAG